UUCUGUUGGUUUUGCUCGCGUUCCAGCUCAUUGUUCUUCUCAACUACUUCUCUCUCUCUCUCUCUCUCUCUCUCUCUCUCUCUCUCUCUGAUUCUGGUUGAGAAGAAAAAUGGCGUUUGGAGCCAGGAACGAGCAAGAAGAGAGGCUGAAAAAGAAAAAAUGCAAGCUGUUUUUCAGACAAAAGGGCUUCUUUCUUUACCUUCAAACCCCAAAACCAGGGCUUUGCUCAAUCCACCACAGCAGGGUUUCAGGCAUAGGUUUAGCCCUUUCAAUCCCUUGAAAAACAAACCAUUUUCAGGUCUCUCUGUAAAUCUUAAUGGGUUCCAAAAAUUUCAGGGCUUUGCCACAAUGCCUAAUUUAAUUAUCCCAAAAAAUAGAACAUUCCAUGUUUGCGGGGCUGAGGCUGCUACUGCUGCAACAGGAGCCGACGGCCAGCCAGUUUUUCGCCAGCCUGAGCCACCCAAAUUUUUGGGUAUAGAGCUUAAUACCCUUAAGAAGAUUUUACCUCUUGGCAUGAUGUUUUUCUAUAUCCUCUUCAACUAUACAAUUCUUAGGGACACCAAAGAUGUGUUAGGGGUGAUCGAACUCAUCCGUUACGCUGUUGAUUCUGGAGUCACUACGUUUAUGGACCUCACAUGAAUGAAAUCCUCAUCGGCAAGGAAUACAGGUUCCUCAAACACUCCAGUAGGACAGAUGACAAUCUUCUAUUGUGGUAGAUUGAAUGUGUAUGAUGAUAUCCCAGCUGACAAGGCACAAGCACUUUUGCAUCUUGCUGCAAGCCCACUUCAUUUGCCUCAGGAACCUCUCAUUGACAGUUCUCUAGCGCUGCUUUCUACACGCCACCUACAGGCAACAAGUGUAAAAGCAAGUCCAGAUUCUGCUGUUAUACUACUGCCAAAUGCACAAACAGUUAAAAUGAAUGAGAGCACUCGGCUGCAUGGAGAAGAAUACAGGUUUCCUGAAGACAAUCCUGGGAGCAAAAGAACAGGAUAUUGAAGAGUACAUAAACAGAAGCCAAUGAGUUUGGGAGAAAGAAGUAGCUUGCUCGAAGCCUUUACAUCUACUUCUGAGAAGAUAACUACCAUUGAAGAGGCUAAAAGAUUCUAUCCUUUGUUUGGACUGGGAGCCAAUAUUGCCCUUGUUUUCUCUGGGCGGACGGUGAAAUAGUUCUCUAAUUUGAGAAAGAAUUUAGGUCCUGGAGUUGAUGGUUGGGCCAUCUCCUUCAAAGGAAUGAUGACCAUUGUUGUGCUGAUGGGGGCUGCCAUCUGUUUCUUCUAUUGGUGGGUGAAUCGCAAUGUGCCUCUUCCUACUCGUAGCAAGAAGAAGAAGGAGAAACCAAAGAUGGGGACAAUGGAGAGUUUGAAGUUUUUGGUGUCUUCUAAAUAUAUUAGGGAUCUUGCCACUUUGGUUGUUGCAUAUGGCAUUAGCAUUAACCUCGUAGAGGUUACAUGGAAAUCCAAGCUCAAAGCUCAGUUUCCUAGCCCAAAUGAUUACUCAUCCUUCAUGGGUGACUUUUCAACUGCUACCGGCAUAGCAACUUUCACGAUGAUGCUUCUGAGUCACUGGAUUUUUGACAAAUAUGGCUGGGGGGUGGCAGCCACAAUUACACCAACUGUUUUGCUCCUGACAGGAGUUGGCUUCUUUUCCUUGAUAUUGUUUGGUGACCCUCUUGGGCCUUCUCUUGCCAAGUUUGGGCUGACUCCACUUCUUGCAGCAGUUUAUGUGGGUGCGAUGCAAAACAUUUUCAGUAAAAGUGACAAAUACAGCUUGUUUGAUCCAUGCAAGGAAAUGGCCUAUAUUCCAUUAGACGAGGAGACCAAGUGCGCAGCAUCGAUGAAUGUUGGAGUAAGUUCUUUUAGUGAUCCAGAAGGUCUUGAAGGCCUCGCGCAUUUUCUUGGAAAAUUGUUGUGCGCUUCAAUGGUGACUUUUUUUUCGAACUCUAUUUUAUAUUCAAUUACUGAUGGAAGGAUUUGCAGUACUCUCAAUUUUCAAGUAAAAGUUGCCGGUGAAGCUCAAGUGGCUGCUCCCUUCUACACUACCACUCAUGCCUCACUUUUUUUUUUCUAGAUGGCUUCUGGGAUGAGAUGGAAUUCAUUCGCAUAUGUAACUGGGAAUUUGUAGCCAUGGUGCCUCCCUCCAUUUUGCCUGUGUGUAUCUUCUCUAUAUCUUUUAAUUACUCGAUUUUUUUUAGAUCAAUUCCAUUGGAAACAAUACGUUGAUAGACUUAGAAACAUCAAUUUCAUUAAGCCAAGAGGGACCCAAAAAUUUUAUGCCGCAAUUAUAUUCUAUGAAACAUUAAUUUUGACGUUUACUGCAUUGUCAUGUUAGUGACUAUCGUGGUUAGGACCAAAGACCAGUUAAAGAGUACUUUCUCAGCUCUUACUGCCUUGGUAUUAAUUUUUCACACGUUUUGGGGACCAAUAAGUAGAAUCUGCAGUCAAUCAUCAUUUGUUUGAUAUAAUUUCGUUUUUGUUUCAAUUUUGGUUUUAGGAAGUUGAUGCUGGCACUGAUUAAUUUCUGGCAUAGAUAAGCACUUUUAAGUUCCAUAACUUCGUUCUUUGAAAGGGGAUUAUUCACUAGACAGACCCUAACUGCAGUGAUAGAAACUUUUAACAUAUCUCACUCUUCAAUUAUUUUGUAACUAUCUUUGUUAUAUUUGUUUCUCUGGUUUUGCGCAUGGACAUGGACUUUACUUUAAUUACCCUGCUGUUAUAAUGGUUUGCUUCAAUAGGCAUCGCAUGAACAUUUCUGAGGGCACUUUGGGCUUUGACGCUACAACUUCUGGUUAACUUCAAAUAUCAGGUGUACUUUGUUUCUCCUCUUCCCCCUCUCUCAAGAGCUGUCUUGUAGGAUUUUGGUAGCAUUUUCAGUUUUGAAGAAUUGCAAGAUCUUCAACAUUCACAUUUGGAUAAUCUGCACUGUGGUAUAUUAGAAGAGAGAUGAUGUCAAGAUGUUGUCAAAAUUUGCAAAAGCCCUUAGUUAUGUUCAUUUACAAUUUUUAAAGAAGACAGAGCCUUAUUGUUCUUUAUUGCUAUCCUUUGCUAUUUAGGUUUCUAUGAUCCUAUGUAUCAUGAUAUAUUGAUUUAUGCCUUUUAAUGUGCCUUCGCAUCGCGCUACUGUAGUUAUUUUUCAGUACAAAAUGUUAGUCAAAGGAUAUUAUUCAGGAGAAAAUUUAUGCCUUUUGCAUGCUAACCAAGCAUCUUUUCUAUCAA